AUGGGAAAGAAAGUGAAGAAGGAGAAUGAGGCUCCCUCUAAGGACACUCAGUUUGACCCCCUGCCCAUCGAGAGCAGGAAACCAGCCACAGUGGUUCUCAUGCUCAACUCCCUGGAAGAGGAGGUCUUGGCCAAAGCAUGUGAAGCAAUUCACACAUUUGCAAAGAAAGGAGAUGAGAACUGCAGCUCUCUGCUGGGACUGGGGGCUGUGGAGCCACUCUGCCAGCUCAUCUCCCACGAAGACAAGCUAGUGCGACGAAACGCAUUCAUGGCCCUGGGUGUCAUGGCUGCCAAUGGUGAUGUGAAGAGACUUCUGAAGAAAAUUGACGUUAUCCCUUCCGUCAUCGCCAAACUGUCACCUGAAGAGGACGUGGUGGUCCAGGAGUUUGCUACUCUGUGCCUGGUCUCCCUGUCAGUGGACUUCAGCUGUAAGGUCCAGAUCUUCACCAGCCAGGGCCUGGGGCCCCUCCUGCAGCUGCUGUCCAGCCCAGACCCCGACGUGAAGAAGAACUCAGCCGAGUGCAUCUGUAACCUGGUCCAGGACCUGCCCAGCAGGGAGGCGGUGUGGGGGCUGCAGGGGGUCCCUCCCUUGCUGGAGCUGCUGAGGUCAGAGUUCGUGGUGAUCCAGCAGCUGGGCCUGGCCUCCCUGGAGCUGCUGAGCCUGGACCCAGACACACGGGCCUGCCUGCGGGAGGAGCAGGGGCUGGCCAAGCUGCUGGAGCUGCUCGCCAACAAGGAGUGUGGGGACCUGCAUGUGGCUGCUCUGCGCGUGCUGUCCUCCUGCAUGCUGGAGGAGGCCAGUGUGCGAGUGCUGGCUGAGUCUGGGGGGAUGAGCACCCUGCUGCAGAUCCUCCUCUCCUCCCCCCAGCCUGCUGUCCAGGCCCUCGUCCUCACCUCCCUUGCCAGGGUCGCACACACCUCUGAGAAUCGCCAGCUGCUUCAUGAGCAGGCUGUGGAGCAGGUCCUGGUGGAGCUGCUGUGUGUGGAGAACGACAGCGUGAGGAUCGCUAGCUGUCAGGCUGUCGCUGCCAUGAGCCUCAGCAUGGCCAGCAGAGACACCUUCAGACACCUGGACGGCAUCCGCGCAGUGGUUAAGUUGCUAAGCAAUGAGGGGUCAGAGGUGAGAGAGGCCGCAGCCCUGGCCCUGUCCAACCUCACACACAACCACCAGCUCAAUGCCUAUGCGGCGUGCGAGGCGGAGGGAGAGCAGGGAUUGGUGCAGCUGCUGCAGGAUGGUUCUCUCGGGGGCGUGGCCCACGCGGCCGCCGCACUCUCCCACAUGGCCCAGCAGGAAGUGGUGCGAAGCAGCAUCCUGUCCCGCGGAGCCAUGCGGGCUCUGGUGGAGCCCCUCAGCUGCCCAGACACACACACCCUGCUGCACACCACCCAGGCCCUGGCUGCUCUGGCCUGCGAUGCUGACGGAAGGGCAGACCUUAGGAACGCCGGGGGCCUCGCUCCAUUGGUCAGGUUGCUACAGUCCAAUCACAAAGCAGUGAGGCGCAAUGCAUGCUGGGCCCUCAGCGUGUGCGCCAAUGACGAGGCCACGGCCGUGGAGCUGUGCAGCCUGGGGGCCCUGGAGCUGUUGCAGGACAUUAACUGUUCAGUGAACCGGAGGAGUACUUUCAGUGAGAGAGCCUUCCAGAAGCUUCUGGAUUUCAACCCUUCCCUCAAAUACAGCCUGACCGGCCAGCUGGGCUGCACAGACCUCAUCAGCGAUGGCUUCUACGACCCCGGACAGGCUCGUCCGGGACAGACAGUGCUGUCUCUGGAGGAGAUGUCUAAGCAGCCUCUCACCCAGCGCAGGGCUGUCAUCACCGUCAACACCAAGACCCUGCACACGGUCCCAGUGGAGCAGUCAGAGGAGAGGCUGCAGGACAUUCCUACUGACACACGCACCGCCUCGGCACUCAGCAGCAAGGCCAGCUGCAGGACGCCAAGUAAAGGGAAGGGUAAAGGGCGCAGGGAGGACGAGACCCUAACCCAACAGGAAGUCUCGACCCAACAGGAAGUCUCGCUUCCAGAGAAACCAUGGAUACUGCCCUUCGACUACGCCCUCCAGCGCCUGGUGUCUGAGGCGGCGGCCGUGCUUCCUCUGGCUGAGGAGGCGGAGCAGUACAGCGCUCUGGCCAGGCUGGUGAGCGAGGCGAUGGGCGGGGCUGUGGAGACUGACAGGCAGCAUGACUUCCUGUGGGAACUCCACAUCAGUGAGCUGAAGUUUGAGCUGCAGUCCAACAUCAUCCCUAUAGGCCGCAUCCGCCUGGGGACCUUUUACCACCGAGCCCUGCUCUACAAGGCCCUGGCUGACCGUAUUGGGCUGAGCUGUAGCCUGGAGCGGGGGGAAUAUAACCGGGCGUGGAACCAGGUGCUGCUCUCCAGCGGACCCCCCCAGGCCCCAGGCCCACUCCCCCCCCAGGCCCCAGGCCCACUCCCCCCCCAGGCCCCAGGCCCACUCCCCCCCCAGGCCCCAGGCCCACUCCCCCCCCAGUCCCCAGGCCCACUCCCCCCCCAGUCCCCACGGCCCCUGCCCCAGCGCAGGACUUACCUGGUGGACCUCCUGUACCAGCCUGGCAGGCUCCUGAGGAUCAACACCCCCGCAGCCAUUCACUACCAGACCAUCUAGACCCUCCACCCUCCCUCCACAUUCACUACAUCUAGACCCUCCACCCUCCCUCCACAUUCACUACAUCUAGACCCUCCACCCUCCCUCCACAUUCACUACAUCUAGACCCUCCACCCUCCCUCCACAUUCACUACAUCUAGACCCUCACUCUCCCUAAAAUGGCCAGUAGCAUUUUGAAUAACCAGUACUUUAGAAACAUCACAGUGCCUUAAUGCCAUUUAACUAUUUUCAUCUGAAAUCUGAACGACAGUACUUGUAUUAAAGUUUUGUUAAAUA